AUGCGCGCGAUUCUCGGGGUCAUGUUAUUUCUCACUUUCGGAACUUCUCUGCCAAUCCACAAGCAAUACGGUAUGUUUGUGUGGCUCUUUAUUAGCUGUAUCUUAGAUUCCAUCAAAGACAAAAGCUGGAAAAAGUGUGCAUUCUCCUAUGGGAUACAUGAUAAAUAUCAUCUAUUUAAGAACAGCCAAGACUUUCUGGAUUCAAAGUGAGGACAUUUUCAUUUUUUUAUAUUAAUAACUUUAGGGAAGCCAUACUAAAAGCAUUAAAUUUAUGGGCCACAGAGGUCAAGAUUAUUAAACUUUAUGAAGUUCACGAUGAUCAGCAACAACCUGAUAUUGAUAUUACUUUUGCCCUGAGAGAUCACAAUUGUACAGAAAGCUUUGAUGGCCCUGGAGGGAUAGUUGCUCACUCCGCCUAUCCCCCUCACGGAAUUCUUCAUUUCGAUGCCGAAGAGGUCUGGUCGUUGGAUGGGGAUAAUCUCAAUCUGAGCUAUGUAAGUCCCGAUUUCCACAGCAAAAAAGUUACGAAACAGGUGGCGCUUCACGAACUGGGACACGUGUUAGGUUUAAAGCAUUCCGAAGAGCCCAAGUCUAUUAUGAACUCGAUUUAUAGGUACGUUAAAGCGCUUUAUGUAAUAAAAUAAUUCACUAAUUUGUUAAGAAAUGGGCCUUUGCGAUUGAGCGGACAAGAUAUACGAAGGCUGCGUCGUCUCUUCGCUUAUUGUAACCGGGUUUAA